GGAAGCUACUAUUUGAAAGGAUUAACUAUACCUAAAAUGAACAGAAAACGAUUUUAUUCUUUAUCGUGGUUAUCAAGUCACGAUUUUAUACAUAAGACAGGUAUGCUUCGAAGGUAUACUUAGAUGAGAAAAUUUAAAGUUUGUGCGGGACCUCGAUGCGUGAUUUAAUUGAAAUCGCACAAGGGACCCUAUUAUUAAGACUCCGCUGUCAGUCCGUCUGUCACCAGGCUGUAUCUCAUGAACCGUGAUAGUUAGACAGUUGAACUAGAUGAUUUAUUUCUGUUGCCGCUAUAUCAACAAGAAACAGAAUAAAAUAAAUAUUUAAGUGGGCUCCCAUACAACAGACAUGAUUUUUUUGCCCUUUUUAUAGAUAGAGUACGGAACCCUUCGUGCGCGAGUCCGACUCGCACUUGGCCGGUUUUUAGGGACAGGCAGAAUAGUAUAUAUACUUACUAUUUUUUGUUUCAAGUUUUCAUUGUUAGACAAGCAAACUGUUACGAUUAGCUACUGAAUACGUAUUUACUAACAUCGUAGAUAUCCAGUAGAUUCUUAUAUCUACAAAUUACAAGAAUGGCGCCUAAUUUGAACAACACGGAUUUUCUACAAGCAGACAAGGAAAUACAGGAACCGCUAAAGCCGAAGGCACCGAAGCGGGAAUAUAUUAUACUAUACCAUGUGAUAGUAAUCCUCACAUACUUGCACAUCGCGGCACUGUACGGGGUGUACUUGGGAUUCACUUCCGCCAAAUGCCGUAUGUAUGUAUUUACAAGUCAGCGACUAAAUAAUUAAUUUAUUUCCAGGCAUUUUUACCUUCAUAGCCGGAAGUUACGGUAUCUCAGCGGGCGUGCACCGGCUCUGGUCCCACCGCGCCUAUAAGGCCAAGAUGCCACUGCAGAUUAUACUGAUGCUGAUGCAUACCAUAUCUGGCCAAACCACCGUUAUCAACUGGGCUAGGGAUCAUAGAUUACACCACAAGUACUGCGACACUGAUGCCGACCCAUAUAGUUCAGCGAGAGGACUAUUUUUCUCACACAUUGGUUGGUUAUUGGUGAAGAGACAUCCAGAAUGCCUUCAAAAGGGAAAAGAGAUAGACAUAUCGGAUCUACUGCAAAACCCGGUAUUACGGUUUCAAAAGAAAUACUACGCAAUCCUCAGCCCUUUAAUUGUAUUCAUACUCCCGACACUGAUACCAAUGUAUUUCUGGAACGAAUCUCUUAGCAACGCGUACCACGUCCAUCUCGUUGUGAUCAUGGUCGGCGCCAAUGCUACGUUUUGUCUCAAUAGCAUCGCGCACGCGUUUGGAAAUAAACCCUAUGACAAAAAUAUAUCGGCUACAAAAAUUGUACCCUUGUCGCUUAUGUCAUCCGGAGAGGGAUAUCACAAUUUCCACCACGCCUUUCCAUGUGACUACCGAUCUUCUGAAUUUGGAAAUGAUUAUAUGAAUUUUUCGACUCAUUUUAUAGAUUUCUUUGCGCGGAUCGGUUGGGCUUAUGAUUUGAAAUAUAUUACCCCUGAUAUGAUUGCCAAAAGAGUGAGUAGAACCGGGGACGGAACUCAUCGUCGUCGAGGCGAGUGAAGGAAGGUUUGAAAAAGUAACAGGCUUAGGUUGGUAGGUUGCUAUUAGAAUAGGCAUUAAUUCUAACAAUUAUACGAGGAAAUUAUUCAUAAACCGUACAGAAAUGACGACGCACCUCGCGCUGA